AAAAGACAUUAUAUCAUGACAGUCUGUUUAUGUAUUUAAAUAUGAAAUUAUGAAGUAGGAACUAAAAAACAAAUAAGCUAUUUCUAAGCCUACAAAUUGAUUAACAAAUGAAAUAUUAUGUGUGAAAGGACUACAUACAAUGGCUUCUCAUAACUCUGGAAUGACUUCAGGCAGUUCACUACAUGGAAGGAAAACUUGGGAGCCUGAUAACGUUUUUCACUUUAAGAGGCAAAAAAGGGUUCAAGCACUUAAAAAUGACGCUAGGGACUUUGAAUACCACGAAAAUAAUUUUAAUGAGGACAAUGGUUUCUUGGAUAUUUUGGCUAUGUGCCAUAAGCUUGUUGAUGUGUACUCUGUUGGAAUAAAGAUGGUUGAUGGAGAAGGGAGGCCACUAAGAUGUGAUGCAGAUGUGACUAAUAUGGUCAAGCAACAUGUGAGUCUUGAAAAUAUAUACUCCCUCCGUUCCUAAAUAAACUUCCAAUUUUCUUUUUUCGUCCGUUCCAAUUAAAACUUCCACUUUCCCUUUUUGGUAAAAAAUUUGUGGUUCACAACAUUUCUUACACAUUUCUCUCUCCUCUGCACAACUCUCCACCACACAAUAUCCACUAUCUUAAACUUUGUGCCAAACUCAUUUGGAAGUUAAAAUGGGAACGAAGGUAGUACAUAUAUCUAUACAUGGAUGAUACACGCCCACCGUUGUCGUAUAAGCUGUCAGAGCAUAAUCAUGAGCUUUAUUCAGUGGUGCCGCCAAUUCCAACACCUAUGCCCAAAGAGGUUCAACACCUAUGUCCAAAGAAAAGGAUAAAGGUUCAACUACUCCCAAUGGUGGUUUGAAAAUAGGUAGAGGUCGUGGACAAGGAUUUCGAUCAAUGCUCCCCCAUAACUCUACUAUAGAAUACCACGAAAAGGAUUUUAGUGAAGACAAUUGUUUCUUGGAUAUUUUGGCUAUGUGUCAUAAGCUUGUUGAUGUGUACUCUGUUGGAAUAAAGAUAAUUGAUGGAGAUGGGAGGCCACUAAGAUGUGAUCUGGGUGUGACUAAUAUGCUCAAGCAACAUGCGGGUCGUGAAAACAUAUACAUUUAUCUAUACAGGGAUGAUACGCGCCCACCGUUUUCUUAUAAGCUGCUAGAGCAUAACCGUGAGUUUGGUAAUGAUUCACUGGUGCCUCCAAGUCCAAUACCUAUGCCCAAUGAAGUUCAACCGACGUCCAAGAGUAUGUCCAGAGAAAAUAAUAAGGGUUCAACUUCCAAAAGAAGCAAGAAAAAGGCAAGAGGGAGAAAUAAAUGCAACGAAGUAUUAAAUUUGAAGAAAGGAGAGAAACUCAAAGUGAAAUUUUAUAACAAUCGAGUUGUUGGAAAAAAACUAUAAAGCUUUCUCAAGGCAUGUUGAAGAUCAUUUAAUUGUGAAUCAAGUUUGUCACCUAUCUUGUAAUAGAUUAGCUUUAUUAUUUAUUCCUUGUAUUAAAUAUGUGUAUGUAUUAUAUUGAAUAUGGGCCAAGUGUUAGGCCCAUACUAAAGGCUAAAAGCUUUAUUCGCAUACUUGAACCUCGCCUAUAAAAAGGGAGCCGAGGAUUCACGUUUAGGUUAACUUUCGUACUCGCUCAAAAUAGCCUUAGCGCAAAUACUUCUGUGUACGAGUUCACGGUAUAUCAAAGAGAGUUUACAUCGAUU